AGUGCAAAAAGAGCUUUACAGCUCACCGGAUUCCUCCGCAACCCAUGCAAAGAUGGCGGCCGCCUCGCGACUCCACUCGCCAUCUUGCCGAGCGCUCUCGGCUAUACGGGCCGGGGGAAGGAGACACCGAGCCUGAUCCGACGGAGAUAGAGAGAGGGUCGGAGCCUGAGGAGAUGGAGCGAGGGACGGAUCCGGUGGAGAUGGAGCGAGGGACGGAUCCGGUGGAGAUGGAGCGAGGGAAGGAGCCGGAGGAGAUGGAGCGAGGGACGGAUCCGGAGGAGAUGGAGCGCGGGACGGAUCCGGCGGAGAUGGAGCGAGGGACGGAUCCGGCGGAGAUGGAGCAGCGGCGGGAGGAGGAUCCGGCGGGGGAAUGGGGCGUGCGGCCGCGUCACCGCGUGUGCAUGGUGUCCGACUUCUUCUACCCCAACAUGGGUGGCGUGGAGACCCACGUGUACCAGCUGGCUCAGUGCCUCCUGCAGCGUGGCCACAGCGUCACCGUGGUCACGCACGCCUACGGGGAUCGCACCGGCGUGCGCCUGCUCACUGGCGGCCUCAAGGUGUACUACCUGCCCCUGCGGCCGUUCUACAACGAGGCCACCCCUCCCGCCAUCUACCUGAGCCUGCCGCUGCUGCGCUGCGUGUUCGUGCGCGAGCGUGUCACGCUGGUGCACGCCCACUCGGCCUUCUCGUGCCUGGCGCACGACGCCCUCUUCCACGCCAAGGCCAUGGGCCUCCGCACCGUCUUCACCGACCACUCGCUCUUCGGCUUCGCCGACGCGAGCUCGGUGCUCACCAACAAGCUGCUGUGCGUGUCGCUGUGCGACGUGACACGUGCCGUCUGCGUGUCGCACACGGGCCGCGAGAACACGGCGCUGCGGGCGGGCCUGGCGCCACACCGCGUCUCCGUGGUGCCCAACGCCGUCGACACCACGAGGUUCCGCCCGCCCGAGUGGCCCAGGAGGGCGGCCGCCGGUGGACGGGGGCCGGGCACCGUGGGCAGCCGCAGGCCCGGACGCAUCACCGUGGUGGUGGUCAGCCGAUUGGUUUACCGCAAAGGGAUCGAUCUGCUGGCCGGCAUCAUCCCGGAAUUGACGGCGCUCCACCCGGACCUCCACUUCCUGGUGGGCGGAGAGGGCCCCAAGCGGCUCGUGCUGGAGGAGCUGCGGGAGCACUACCGCCUCCACGACAGGGUGCAGCUGCUGGGUGCGCUGAAGCACGGGCAGGUGCGUGAUGUCAUGGUGCAGGGAGACAUCUUCCUGAACCCCUCGCUCACGGAGGCCUUCUGCAUGGCCAUCGUGGAGGCCGCCAGCUGUGGCCUGCAGGUGGUGAGCACGCGUGUCGGGGGGAUUCCGGAGGUGAUGCCGGAGGACCUGAUGGUGCUCUGCGAGCCGAGCGUGCGGGCGCUGGCGCUGGGCGUGGAGCAGGCGGUGGAGCGGGUGCGUCGCGGCGCCGUGCCGCACCCGGCCACCACGCACGAGCGCGUGGCGCGGCUCUACGACUGGCGCGACGUGGCGCGUCGCACUGAGAAGGUGUACGACGCCGCGGCACGCGACGCGGCGCUGCCCCUGGGCGAGCGAGUGGAGCGGCUGCUGGCGCGGUGCGGCCCCUUCGCCGGCCUCGUCUUCGGCUUCAUGGCGCUCCUCGACGUGGUGCUCCUCUUCCUGCUCGACCUCCUCUACCCGCGGCACCUCAUCGACGCCGCGCCCGACACCGCGCCCCUCCGGACGGGGGGGGGAGGAGGAGGCUUGGUUCUAGACCUAACCAUGACCCUUGACCACAACCCCAACCCUGACCUCAACCCUGACCUCAAGCUUGGUUCUAGACCUAACCAUGACCCCGGCCACAACCCCAACCCUGACCUCCACCCUGACCUCAACCCUGACCUCAAGCUUGGUUCUAGACCCAACCCUGACCUCAAGCUUGGUUCUAGACCUAACCAUGACCCCGGCCACAACCCCAACCCUGACCUCAACUCUGGCCUCAAGUUUGGUUCUAGACCCAACCCUUGA